AGGAGGUGGAUGUUAGAUUGAUCCACCCUUCAAUUUCAUUAUUUCAAGCGCUUUAAGCCAUGAAAAGACGACCGGUGAUGUUGUUCACUGGAUUGUUCGUUUUGUACGCUCUCGCGUCAGUGGUGCACGCGGGAUAUUCCAUUCCGGCAUUUGAAUCGUCUGAGGAGGUCUCAGAGGAGUACGAACUCCCUCAGAUGUUCAACGUGGAGGUGAUUGAGGGUAGACGUAUGAAGCUAAAGGCGCUCAACGACCAGAACCGCCCAUUCUGCCGGGCUCGUUGGAUGCACAACAAUCGACCGAUCGAGAGGACACGCUGCACGCCCAGUUACAGUGAGCUCGUGUGUCCUUCCAUGACAAGCCAGGACGCCGGACGGUACGAUCUGUGGGCAAGAGAUGAUUCCCAUGGCCGCCAAACUCGGCUGCUGUUCUCAGCGAACGUGCACGUGACGAAGAACGUCGAUCAGUUCCAGGUGGACACGGUUCCAUCGAACACGAUCGUACGUGAAUCGGAACCACUCGGGGUGCAACAGUUUGAAGAAGAGGACUGUUUCUGCUCUGGGGUGACUGCCCGAUGCUCGCUCGCGACGUAUCUCUAUCGCAAACGGGAGACUUACGAUUUGUCGAAGGCAGAAUCGGUACAGUUCGAAUGGACAGGAUGGAGUGAACCGGUGUCCUUCAUGAAGGUGCCCCCUUCAGUUUGGUUCGGCAAUAUCAUCACUGCCUACGGUGGAUACCUUCGCUUUCCCGUGACGGAAGCUUGCUACACGAGCCGCAGCAAACCGUGCGUGUUGUUGACGGACAAACGAAAUGUGACGCUCGGUUACAACCUUCCGCCACAACACGACCAGCGGCAGGUGCAGGUGUUGAUGAAACCUUCCAGCUGGUACGUGGUUGCAGCACCAACUCACCUGCGUGAACAUCUCGAGAGGGAGCUGAGCAAGUUCUCGUUCAUGAGCGUGCUUUCCAACGUGAAUACGGUGUUCGUGCGAGGUAGUGCGCCAGGUAGAACACGUGAGGAGAAUCUGCUCACUCUCGACACGGCUUCGCUGGAUGAUGAAGGUUUGGGCAGGGUUAAUACGGUCGAGGAUUGCUCCUGCCAUCCAGGGUACACCGGGAUGUCCUGCGAGCGUUGCGAAUCGGGAUACGUGCGUGAGUCGAAUCCGAACAACCCGAAUGGUAUCUGCAUCAGCUUGUUGCAGCUGUGGCGUAUACAUCAACAAAAAUAUGGCUGGGUAUAGGGUAUUCCACAACCAACGUAGCGCGUACUUAUCGAACGUACUUAUACGUGAGCGAUGCUUUGCAAUUCUGCAUCAUCCUGCUGUACAUGAGUCGAUUUCAUUCUGAAAUUC